CCUUAGCAACUCGGUCGCCUGUACAUCCAAUUCAAGUCGGGCAUGAAAAUGGAAUCCUUGACGGAAAUGCCAAACCCAAAGUCCAAUCAACAUCAUCAGCCAUCGCAAUCGAGCCGACACACGGCGGCCGUAGCAAUCGACCUUCCAUCAAUCAUGACCUUUUUGUGUUAGCUGUCCUUUUGCUGCCUCAAAUCGCCGCCCAACUACCGUCUCGCAGGAAGGAAGCGUCCUUUUCCCCCCAAAUUCACCAACCCUACCAGGUAGGGCACACCUCUCCCCCCUCCCUCAAUUUCCUCGGUAUUUCAGUCCAUUGUCUCAUUCCGCAGAUUCGCAUUUGCUUCAGCGUCCUCCACCUGGUUGUUGGCGUUCGAGAAUCGUCGUUAUUGGUUUCUGAGGAGUUAAUGCAGCGCCCUCUUUUUCACCGUGGAUUAAACCCUCGCAUCGGUUUUAUCGAACUGCUUCCUUUUGGUUCUCGAUUCCUUAUUAUUUAUAUCUGCAAUCGAGAUCUCUUUCCUUCCGUCUGUUGAUCGAUAUCCUCCACAAUCGAAGGCUGUAUUUCUCGCCGAGUAUUUCCUCGCCGCUCCUCGGAGUUUACUAUUGCUUCAGAUCAGAAUGGCUGCUGCUGCUGCUGCAUUACAUCAAGCAAUCGGGAGUUUUCGAUACAGUAACUCUGCCCUGAACCAGGACAACGGAAUCGCUUCAUAUCGGUCUAUCUCAAAGGGCGUAAAUCGAGAUUUCCCACUUUCGAAAGGCAGGACCGGUCGCUCAAGAAAGACAAAUCUUACCGUAACUCAAGCCUCGGAUUUUCAAACUGCAGUUUUAUCGCCAUCGAAUGGCAAGGCUGUUGAAUCCAAGAAAAAAUCGAAUGAAGCUGCGUUGAUAUUGAUCAGGCACGGCGAAUCACUGUGGAAUGAGAAGAACUUGUUCACAGGGUGCGUCGACGUGCCUCUGACUAAGAAAGGCGUCGAAGAAGCUGUCCAGGCCGGGAAAAAGAUCAGCAACAUACCUAUCGACGUGAUAUAUACCUCAUCUUUAAUCCGUGCUCAGAUGACUGCCAUGCUUGCCAUGACUCAACACCGUCGCCAGAAGGUUCCAAUCAUAGUGCACACUGAAAACGAGCAAGCGAGUACGUGGAGUCGAAUUUUCAGCGAGGAGACUAAAAAGCAAUGCAUCCCAGUAAUAACAGCGUGGCAGCUAAACGAACGAAUGUACGGAGAAUUACAGGGCCUUAACAAGCAGGAAACAGCCGAGAGAUACGGGAAAGAGCAAGUGCACGAAUGGCGGCGCAGUUACGACAUACCUCCGCCGAGCGGCGAGAGUUUGGAAAUGUGCGCCGAGAGAGCUGUCGCCUACUUCAAACAAUCUAUUGUUCCGCAGCUCGAGUCCGGUAAAAAUGUAUUGAUCGCCGCCCAUGGGAACUCGCUAAGGUCCAUUAUUAUGUAUCUAGACAACCUGACUUCUCAAGAGGUUAUUAGCUUGGAGCUAUCUACCGGCGUACCGAUGCUUUACAUUGUUAAAGAUGGAAGCUUCAUCCGUAGAGGUAGUCCCGUCGCACCCGAAGAACCGGGCGUUUAUGCAUACACCAAGAGCUUGGCACAUUACAGGCAGAAGCUGGAUGAUAAGGUGCAAUCCUGAUGUUUUAUGGCUUCUUAUUGAGUGAGUAUUUCCUCAAAUCUUCUGUGCUACUUCUUGUUGAGAGAGAAGAAUUCUUCUCUGCAUUUGUGUUUGAAUGUUUAUUUUAGUGUUUUUUAUGUUUCUGGUAGAAACAGAAAAAGAUUUUUUACUGUGUUGUUGUAUUAUUAUGAAGUUUUGUAACCAUUUACAAUAAAUAAGA